AUGACUGACCUUUCAUCAAUCAAAGGGAAGAAAAGGGGACCUACAACCGUGAUCACAGAGGCCUGUCCAAAGUCUCCCAAGGUCAGUUUCCUCACUCCUUCUCUACUGCUCAUGGAGAUCCCUUCUGACACCAACACCAGUCUGCCAGUGUGGGACGCCAUGCACUCCCAACAAGUGGACGUUGUCUGGACUGUGACACCAUACAGUAUCAAUGUCCGCUUCACUCCUCUCCCCUCCAAGUCAGGGCAGACUACUAGUGCCAGCAAUACUCUUAUCUGCUCUCCUGGCAAAAGCAGCAGCACCACCAGGAUCAUCCAGUUGUCGUCAGGCCCAUCCUCAGCCCUAAGCCAGACCCAAAUGAUCAUCCAACCUCUACCACAACAAAUGACCCCAACCAAAAUCCCCCCCAGUGUGCUCCUCACCUUUCCUCAACCUGGAGCAAUCACCAUCUCACCUCACAAGCCCCAAAACAUGACACCGGGCCCAGUCAAAACCACCUCUCUCAUCCUCCCCCUGCCUGUCAUCAUCACCCAGCCACAGCCUGUCCACCAGCCUACCACCCCAGCCCAAACACAAGCCCAAGCCUCUAGCACUAAUCAGCCCCCUGGUCCAUCCAAGAUGGCAGUCAGUCUGACCUUCCACACAAACACCUCCGGCGACAUCCAGAUCUGCGACCACUUUCUCACUUACUUCUGCAGGACGGGGAGCAACUGCAAGCAGCACCACACGCCAUACCCCUUCCACUGGCAGCUGUGGGGCAUCAACAGUCACCAGUGGGUAGACUUCACCCCCCGCGCCCAGGUUAAUCUCGAGAGGGCCUACUGCAAUGUCAACCGGGAGGAGAUUGGAGUCAAGGAAGGUACGGAUAUGUUCACCCUGCACUUUGACAACAUGACGUUGAAGGACGGGGAGAAAUACGACCGGGUCAGAAGACUCCAGAACACCACAGACCCAACCAAGAACCCUCACCUCUACACCAGGUGGUGCUUCUUCUGGUGGAAUAACCUCAGCUGGACAAAGUACAGAGAGGAUGUGUCCAAGAUCCUUCUGGACAAGAGGGAUGCUGGGGAGCUGGAGUGUCGUUUGCACAUCUUAGCGGUGGAAUACAAGGUGGACUUCAUCAGUAUGAUCCAGACCAACGUCACCACAGGGUUUCAGCGGGCCAUCCGACUCAGACCCUUCUACCGCUCCCUUAAGUCUCUGAGAGCACAUUUGCGGACAGGUAUCCUGCUGGAUGGUCUGGCCGGCAUAUCCACCGAGCCUUCUCCGGCCAACUUCAGUGUAGACCCUCUGGGGGAGUUCAGCACCUGGUACCCCCCAGUGUGGACCCCUAGCUCCGCCCCAGACCAGGACUACAGCAUGGUGGAUGUGCCGGCCAACACCCAGGCCUUCCAGAAGGUCCACAGCCUGUUCCACAAGACUCUGUCAGAGACCCGGGUGGAGAUGGUCAGCCUCCACCAGAUCCAGAAUGUUCUCCACUGGGACAAGUUCCAAAGUUACAAGGAGCACAUGCGGAAGCGCGGUGACACCAAGGAAGACGGGGCUCUGGAGAGGCACCUGUUCCACGGGACCAUCGGGGACUUCAUUGAGGACAUCUGCCACAACAACUUUGACCCGCGCGUCUCGGGAGUCAACGGGUUCGUGUACGGCUACGGCUCCUACUUCGCCCGCGACGCCUCCUACUCCAACACCUUCACUGCGGUGUCACCUGACGCUGGGGUCCGUCACAUGUUCCUGGCCAAGGUGCUGGUGGGAAAGGUGAGCGUGGGCAAGUGCAAAUACCGCCGGCCGCCACCCGUCAGAUCCACGAAGGAGGACUACAACCUAUACGACACCUGUGUGGACCAGCUGGUCAACCCCACAAUCUUUGUAGUUUUUGACCGGUGCCAGUGCUACCCCUACUACCUGAUCAAAUACAAAGAACUGCUAGUGGUGGACGUUAAUGAGUAGGUUUGCCCUGGGAGAGCUUGUGUUGCUGCCUGUGACGGUAACUGUUGUUGUUCACUGGAUAUUCAUUCCACACCAGACCGUAAUGCAGCACCUUGCAUUAAGGUGAAAGACGAUGUUUGUGUAUCCAGUCCAAAGGAUAAUGUUCAAAGCCUUCCAAAGACUUGGAAUGUCUUUAGAAUAGAAAUGUGUUUUACGAAGUUUUACAAUUACCGUUUUUACAGUAAGUUUCUACAACGUCCCAUUUUAAAAUGGAAUUCUAAAUGCAACACAAACAAGUUUGAUAUAUUUUCGAAAUGUUUUAAUAAUGGAAACAAUUGUAAUUUGAUCAUGUAGAAAGAAGAAAUUAUAAGUUAUAGAUGUUGCUUACGAAAAGGUUCGUUAUAAACUGUAAAGUCGUUAUGUUAUUGACAAUAAAUGGGUUUACUGAAUACAUCAGGGGCAGUCGGUUCAGUUUAUGAUUACGGAGGACGAUACGGAGGACUUAUGAGCAUGUUCAUAUUUCUAUUAAAGAAUAUUGGAUGACUGUCAUUCAUAUUCCAUUCACCCAGUUUAAUGUUAACAUCGAUAGGUUUAGGCUACUACAUGAUACUAACAUUUUCCCU